AUGUCCUAUCAGCACGAUCAAUACCAGCAAGGCUAUGGUCAAGCGCCCCAGCAGCCGCAGUAUGGGCAGCAGCCUCAGUACGGGCAGCAGCAGUACUACCCUCCUCCACCAGGUCAAGGUCAGGGAGCAUACCCAACCCAGCAACAGCAGCAGUACGGCCAGCCACCUUCUUUAGGCGCCAGCCAUCAAUCGCAGGUCCCGGAGGCCACAGACACAGGCAGCUAUCGCAACUUGACAUGGACGGUCAAGCACAGGAACACGAAUUCUACGCUCAAUGUCCAGCUGGGCCAAGGCGACAUGAUCAAGUCCAAGCCCGGUGCUAUGGUGCACAUGUCUCCCAGCGUUGUGCUCCAGGGCAAGAUCAAGGUCAGCUUGAAAAAGCUGUUCACCGGCGGCGAGAUGGCUGAGUCCUCCUACACUGGCCCAGGUCUCGUGGCGCUCGCUCCUACCUUGUUCGGCGACAUCGUGACUUUACAGAUCGAGCGAGGCCAGACCUGGAACGUUGGGAAGGAUGCUAUGUUAGCGCAUACGAACGAGGUGCUGAAGGACACCAAGUCGCAGGGUCUAGGCAAGGCGUUCUUCUCCGGCGAAGACCUCUUCAUCUAUCGCUUCUCCGGUGAGGGUGUCCUGUGGCUCACCUCUUACGGCGCCAUCGAAACCAAGCACCUCGGUCAGGGUGAGCAGCACAUCGUCGACAACGGCCAUCUCGUCGCCUGGAACUGCAACUACGCCAUCGAGAGGGCAGGUGGCGGCACGAUGGGCAGCAUGAAGACUGGCGAGGGCAUGGUCUGCCGCUUCACAGGGCCCGGGACGGUGUACAUCCAGACGAGGAACUUGGAGGAAUUUGACGACUAUAUCCGUAGCAAGGCUGGGAACUCGGGCGCCUAG